AUGGCUACCGCAUCCUCCCUCCGUGCAGCGCCACAGAAAUGGUCUCUGAAUGACCUCAGCUCCGAGCUGCUGGCUCUCAUCUUCGAGCAGCUCCGAGAGAUAGACGAGCGCGCUCUUGCUGCUGUGCGGUGCCUGUCCAGGCGCUUUGAGGCUAUCGCAACUCCCGUCACCUACCGAACGAUUUGCCUGAACGAGCGCAUUGUUGCUCCAGACGCCGAAUCGCGGUAUCCCAAUCUCUUGCGCAAUGUGUCGUCUUACACCAACCACGUCGUCACACGGAGCGAUCUCGACCCUGACGGCAUUCGGCGGGUGCUGGACAGGGUCCAAAGGCUAAAGACUGUGCGGUGGCACUAUGUCGAUGCUGAAUUCCGAUCAGGACGACUCUGGCUCCCAUCAGACGUGCUCAACCCUCAGCAGACACGAUUUAACGGCACGAAACUGUUCGUCGAGGACUUGCCCCUGCGAGAAUUCGAGGGCCAACUACGAGACACCUACGUCCGAGCGAUUCCCACAGACCUUCUUGUCUCGCUCAAGCUUGCGAGCCCCGCCCCGCCGCUCACGACACGAUUGAAUUCCCUAAAACAGCUGCUCCUGCUCUCCCGUCGCCUAGAGACAUUUCAUUACGAAGACCGUGGGCAGGGGACGAAUUUCAAGUUCGUCCAAGGAGAGCGCAUGCCCCCGCUGAAAGACUUGGCCCUCAAGUCUUACGACUGGAAUCAUUCAAAGGAGGACACCCGAGCCCAUUGGGACUUUUCUCAGCUCGAGUCGCUCGACCUGAAAUAUGUGCCUGUCUUCAACUUCCUGUCGACUGUGGAUUUCCCGGACUUGGCGGGCUUGCGACAUUUACACUGCGAAGAUUUCAGCGCCCACCUAGUUGAUAAACGAGAGGAGGCCACGGGCGGUUUAUACUUAUUGGUGGCUAAUCACAUUCGGGCUUUGCAGACCCUCAAUGUGACCUGCCACACCCGUCUAUUCCCGCUGGAUGGCAUUUUGAGACAUGGCGAAUCUCUCCAAGUGCUCAAGUUCCGUGACCACAUGGGUUUUGGAGAGGAGGACCGACGCUGCCCGACGCUUUGGGGCGAGGAUAUCGCUAUUUUGGCGCAAGGUCUACCACACGUGCACACGCUGGAGCUGGAUAUGGACGUGGCCAUGUGCGACCCGACUGAGUUCCUCCGCGCUCUAUGCAGUUUCCGCAGCCUUCAAACCAUCACACUACACGUCCAGACCGUUCUCCACGCACUCGAGGUUGUUCACCCGGGAAUGGACCGCGACUACGACGCGGCCUUGCGCACUUUUCAGUUUCUGCUACGAGAGAAGCAGCUCGCGACGCCCGACGUACCCUGGAAGCAAAUCACGAUUAAUGUAGGCGGAUGGCGCAAGGUCAUGGUCCGUCGCUUCAGCGCCGCCUGGCGUCGCCAAAAUGAAAACGGCGUGUACGCCGAGCGUUGUUUUGUGCUAGAGAGAGCCGAUAACGGGCAAAUGGCAUACCGAGAAGAAAUGAGUAUCGAAGGCCGCUCAGCAACACCAACGCCCGAUCCUCCGACACCGAACAUGGAUACCGAUUACGACUAA